AUGCAGUUAGACGCAACGCAUUCAAUGGUCGCGAAGGAUAGAAUAUGCUACUACUACGAUGAGGAAGUUGGCAGAAACUACUACGGCCCGAACCAUCCCAUGAAGCCACACCGUCUCUGCAUGACGCAUAACUUGAUUCUAGCAUACGAUCUCCACAAGCACUUGCAAGUUUAUCGGCCGAGAGAGAGUACAAACGAGGAGUUCACGCAGUUUCACAGUGAAGACUACAUCGCCUUCUUAUCAAAAAUAACCCCCGAUAAGCAGCAGCAGCACGUACUCGAAAUGCAGAGAUUCAACCUGGGAGAGGAUUGCCCUAUUUUCGAUCACAUGUUAGAUUUUUGUCGACGAUACACUGGGGGUUCUGUCGACGGCGCACGACGAUUGAACCAAGGGCUUUCAGAUGUCGCCAUUAACUGGUCCGGUGGUCUGCAUCACGCAAAGAAGUCCGAGGCUUCUGGGUUUUGUUACGUCAACGAUCUCGUCCUAGCGAUACUCGAACUUUUGAAGCACCAUGCAAGAGUUCUUUACAUCGAUAUAGAUAUUCACCACGGAGAUGGUGUUGAGGAAGCUUUCUACGUGACGGAUCGUGUGAUGACGGUCAGUUUUCACAAGUAUGGAGACAUGUUCUUCCCCGGUACAGGAGGCCUCCGAGACAUAGGCAUUAACUCUGGUAAAUAUUAUAGUGUGAACGUGCCGUUGAAUGAUGGCAUUGAUGACAAGAUCUUCGUGGACCUGUUCAAGUUUGUCGUGCAGGAUGUGAUGGAUGUUUUCCAGCCAGGUGCAAUCGUCCUGCAGUGCGGUGCCGAUUCGUUGGCAGGUGAUAGAAUCGGUUGUUUCAAUAUUUCCUUGAAAGGACACGCUGAGUGUGUGUCGUUCGUGAAUAGUUUUAAAAAACCCAUGCUAGUUACAGGCGGAGGAGGCUACACAAAGUCAAAUGUUGCACGAUGUUGGGCCAAUGAGACCGCCACUUUAUUAGGUCGAAAGCUGGCAGAAGAUAUACCGUAUCACGAGAAUUACUACGAAUACUAUGCCGAUGUAGCUUACAAGUUAAGAGCUUAUGCGCCCGUUUGGAUCGAGAACCUAAACACACCAUCCUACAUAACGCAGCUGAAGGCACAAGUCAGAGAAAAUUUGAGAUCGCUCACACAUGCGCCAAGUGUUUCUUUCACGGAGUCACCUUCCGCAGAACUAGUGCCAGAGCUAGACGAGAAUGAUUUGAAUCCAGACGAAAGAUAUGGUGGGUACUUAGGCCGAGAUGACGCUGUGAUACAUGGGACAGACUUUUACGACUAG